GCAAUGUAGUCUAUCUCGAAGCCGCUUCAUUAUUCUAGUAAUAGCAGUACUCGUCACAGCUUUCAAGGCUUGUUUAAUCACCUUUUGCGACAGGCAAGGGAUACCGUGGCGGCAUUUUCAAGAUGUCCCGAUCCACUGGGCUCAUCCCCCAUCAUCCUAACUACGGGCCAGUGCCUUAACAGAAAAAUGCAACAAUUUGCAAUAAUUUGCAAUAAUUUGCAGAUGUCUACGCGUGGCUCUACCAUGCGGCCAACGCUCUUCUCAUCACGCGGUUGUAUAAAAAAAAUACACGUUUUAGCUUUUAACGCGAACUUAAUAAUUCAAAUACGUAAAGAUGUACCUAAUUAUUAUUGGCAUAAGAUACAAUGAGGUUUACUAGUUUUAUAAACCACGCAAUGGAGACAUGCCACCGCGCCAGUUAGAGCGGAGAUGCAGACUUGGAAAACGUAGAGUUCAGCUGUAGUAGGGCGCGAUGCACAGCGACCAAUCACAGCGAUGCGGAGAGGUGUGGUGGAGGGCGCGGCGCCGCGGCAUAUUCGGCGCGUGCGGCGCGAUGACUAUCAGUCAUUACAGUGUCUGCUCAACCAAAAAACAGUCGCAUUCCGAUAACAUUUAAUUAAACUAUUGUUUCAUUAACCCAUUGACACAUUUUUAAAACCAAAUAAUGGCGGGACAGCAAUCAAGUUUCGAAUUUGUGAAUGAAAUUCCUAAAAAAGUGAAUAAAACCAGAAAAUCGCGCCCGGCGCGCGUGUUCGCGCCUAAAUUUGUAGUCUCAAAAAAGAGUGCACGACAAAACGCCAGAAGACAGCUUAGUAGUGCCGGGAAACAUGUGUCGAAUUUGCCCAGAGUCCACGGCCACAACUCAAAGAUACCACGACUGGUGAAGGCAAACAAUGAAAAGCAACAACCAUUAUCCGAUGAGCCUGAGGCCGACGAGUUUGCCGGAGACGUGGAGGAGCCCGACAGCGCCGCGGACUCCGGCACCGACGUCGGACUCCUGGACGACAAUGACGGCCCGCAUGAUGGUGGUGGCGAGAUCCAGAGUGGAUUUGGUGACGACGAUCGCAUCUCACCAGUGCCCGAGGUGCCGCCAAAACUGGUAACAUACCAGUUAAACAAGAUCUCCGCUCUGGGCAUUGCGGACUUAGGGCUGUUAUCCGCCAACGUGAAUCAGCUACACAACCUUCUAGAUUCUUCGAACACCCAGCCGUAUUAUUACUUCAACUUGACCCUAAUCGCCGCUAGCAUUAUUCUGCAAAUCGCUGUGGGCCUCGGCAUCGUCAUGAACAACUUCUACAAAGUCCUUAAAAAAGACACAUACAAAGCGGGCAUUAUCAACGACAUGACCGUGGUGGGUGUGUUUCUGGUCACCGUCUUGAAUUUGUUUAUCACGUCGUUUGGCAUGGCGACUUCGCUCUAGUCGCCGACACGUGACUCCCACGACAUCUAGCGACUAUAAACUCAAACUUUAAGUCUUAAUUCUCUUUUACCACACUGCUAUUUCACCUAUUGUAUCUCAAUUGUUGCUGAAAAGGUGCUCAUGGUUGGAAAGUUGGAAGUUAAGAGACGACGAGGACGAAACCACAAAAGAUGGAUAGACCAGAUUUCCAGUGCGUUGAAUGUUUCCAUUAAUACAGCAUUUCAUCAGGCAAAAGACCGAAGCCGGCGGAUAAACAUCACAGUGAAGAUAAUUGAGAGUCACGAUCCUCAAUAAUGAGUAACAAAUCUUAUGUACUUACUUAUGAGCUAUGUUUAAGGUAAAUUAUAUUAUUUUACUCUUAUAAAGUAGUACAAUUUAGAUGUAAUAUGAAUCUCCUCCGACAUUAUCACAAAUAUAUUUAAGUUUAGAAUUAUACGCUCAUAAAAAUAUUCCAUAACAAAGAGAUCAAGAUCAUAUA